AUGCCGAAAUGCAUUCACAAGCACUUUGGACGAGGAGCACGCCUCAUUCUGACAAGUUAGUGUUAUAAUUCUUGAAAAUGUUCAAUUUUUUUUUAACUUUCAGAAACGCGCAAUGAGAGCACCAUCGGCAACUACGCCAACUGCAGUAACCGGAGUGACGGCUCUUCAGCCGUCUUACAAGAAUCGGCGAUCGCGCAUGAACAAUACGAAUCAGAAGAUGGACUGGACAAUACGAAUGGGCGACAGGACGAAAUGGGCCUAUUUCGCGGACAAUACGAAGCAGAGGAGCUACACAGACACGAGGAACAGUACGAAGUGACCGACACAUAUGAAGGUAAAAUAUUGCAAACGCUCGGGUAGAGCCAUUCUAUGAUUGUAUGCUGCAGAUUUGCGAGAAGCCGUUCGAAGAGCACCCGACAACGUUAUUCAAUUUCUGCUAUCGGCGUGUAUGUCUAGGUUAUCACAGAGAGGUGCACUAGAGUUUUAAACAAAUAUCUACGGUCAUUUCUUUCAGAAUUUGAGAGAUUCUUGACCGUGCACAGCGACAAGUUUGUUUUGGAUGUAAACCAAAUUUGGAAUCAUUAAAGAACUGUUCAUUCCACGCAUUACUUUUGUAACCGGUGCGGAAAAUCGUGUGAGCGGCAAGAAAAUUGGUUUGUUUCCGUUUCGUUACAUGUUAUUGGCAAGCUGAUUUCACAUAAUUUCCAGUUGCGGUCCUCUAGUCAAAUACGUUCGCGUAGGCGUCUCUUCCCAACUCUCAGAAGUUCUUCAUCACAAUUUCGCACCAAUAACAGCUCUCCGGGAGCAAUUGAGAACUGGAGUAGAGUGUGACCGAAAUGGACCGCCGGAGAGCAGUUCAAAUGGACGUUGGCAUCCCAUUGGAUUUGGCAUGGCUAAUUUGUACAACAAAGAGACAGGAACUCCGUUUUCUCGCGAAAUCUGCGAUGUAUGUUCUUCUCCCCACCAUUUCUAAACGAAAUCGUAUUUUUCAGGAAAACUUCAAAAAACUGACAAGAACGGAUAAAGAAACAGAUUAUUAUCCCUUUCUCAAUCUUGCGUCCAAAUUGUUUUCAGACUUCCUACUCCGUGGCUUCAAUCAGCCAUGGUGUGAAGAAUUGGAAGCGAAAGUGAUUCGAAUGACAAAGGAAACAGUCGCUAAUCUACUGUAUGUGACAAAUUAUCGUAUGAAAUGCUCUAUAUUUACUUUUGCAGAGAUAGACGUCGCCAAGUAAUUCACAAUUCGCCAAGGAAUUUGUCAAGCAAAGAAAUAGCAGCCGAUUUACGUGAAACGCUCGAGAGAUCUGGUGGAAAAGUGAUCAUGUACUAUUCACUCUUUUUGGCACAUUUUUGAUUUAUUGUGGUUUUCAGUCGAAAGCUGUCAGUUAAUAGACAGGAAAAGGGAUGUAUCCUAGAAGUUGACCUAGAAUAUCCAAAUGAGUUGCAUCAUAAGCAUAAUGAAUUUCCGCUUUGUCCAGAGUUAAGAGACUUUGGUAAUGGAAAUUUCGAUUUUAGUGAAUAUCCACCCUGCCAUCCUUUGUAUAAUGUUGAAAAUAAAAAAAAGUUGUUGGCAAAUUCAAAGAUGAAUUAAAUGGUUUAAUGAUGGAAGAACUUGUAGCCUUGAAACCCAAACAAUAUGCAUAUAAAAUUGCUGAAGAAACACGUGAAAGCCUAAAAGAUUAUUACAAAAAAAGAAUUCAGGAAGAACAAAAAAAUCCUAAACUUUCAAAGGUACCCAAACCUGGAGAAGAAUCUAAAAAAAGUAAAGGAAUAAAGAAAAAUGUUGUAAAAUCAUUGAAUGUUGAAGAUUUUAGAAAAAGUCUAUUUAAUAAAACUAUUGUUAGAAAGAAACAAUAUUGUAUUCGAAGUAUCAAACAACAGCUAUAUACUCAAGAACAGGAGAAAGUUGUGUUUGACAAUGAAUAUACUGCAUCAAAAUUACUAUAUUUCAAACGAAUUAUCAUUCCUAAUUCAUAUGAUACAAAUGCAUAUGGAUUUAAUCCCCUUACAUAGGAGAUCCUAAGGAAUGGGCAAGCAUUCACGUUAGUGAAGAAGAGAAAGAAUUGAAUGUGUAAAUGUGGAAUGUUCCAGUAACUUUAGAAGUAGUAAACAGUAAUAACCACAAUGAUAUGUAUCGAAUUCCUGAAUUUGAAAAGUUGAGAAUUCAACUGAUGAUUUUUUAUCUUCACCUUUUAAAUAUUUUUGAAGUUCUAGAGGUGGAUCUAAACCGAAGGAAUCAAAAUACUCUGGUAAAUGGAUUGCGAUUUAAUUAGAACUCAUUCACAUCUAAUUCAAGAAAGCAUGAUUUUCAGAUCUAGUUGGAAGUUUUUCAGGUUUAAUUUAAAUCUAAUUAGAUGUGAAAACAGAAAUUCGAAUCUAAUUAGAAGUUGGACUUUUCACAUCUAAUUAGGAGUUUUUGGGAUCUAAUUAGAAAUGAUGCAAUCUAAUUAGAAAUGAUGCAAUCUCUGCGCACCGCGGAACAACUUUUUUUUCUCAAUUUUUGAAAUGUUCUCCUCGUCUUCUGUUGUUUAUUGCAUCAUCGCUCACUCGUUUUUCAUGCUCACUCGUUUGCUGGCCUUAAUUUUUAGAACAAUUCUCUUUCAAUUUUUGCAGAAUGAAAAGGAUACGCGUUACGAUUCAGUCGAUUAUUGACGACGCUAGGCCAUCUGUGGAUGAUUCGCUAUCGACGGAACCGGACCUUGAGGAAUCGGAAGAAACAGAUUUUUCCGACUUUGAAGAACGGAGUAAGGACGAUUCGUUCAAGAUUGUUCAUAGAGAUGAUGACGAAAUGUGUCUGGGAUUGUUCAGAGGUACAUAAGAUCAACUGAGCACUGUCCAACUGUCCGAACACAGAGCAACUGUCCGAAAAAGUGUCGAACAGCCAGACGAAACCGGAAAAGGAAACUUCUUCGAUGAAGGCAACACUGGAAUCAUCUAAGUUUCUAGAGGAGCCGGAAACUCUGGUUGGAAACUUGGAUUGUACAAGUGAGAAGAUCCAAGUAAGACUUUACAAAGCAAUAAAUAUUGUUUUUUUUUCCGAAAUUCCAGCUCAAACAGGCUCAUUGAAGCAUAUUGUUCAGAUCGUCGCCAACAAAUGGCUAACCGAGGUAAGAAUAUACGACGAAUACACCAAAACGGUAUUUCUUUCAGAUGAUUCCGGACAACAUACGCUACAACUUCUCUGUCAGCACGAAACCACAAAAACCACAAGUUUCCCUUCCGAGUCGAUUCAUUAACCCUCCAAUCGGUAUAAAUUAUAUCUGAGAUAGUAUGCUAUGAAAUGUUUUUGCAGCCGUACUCAGUGGAGCGAUCGAAAUUCACGGAUGCGACAGAGAAAAGGUGGCGAUCACUGUGGCGCUGCUCUUCCAGCAUCACUUGGAUUACUGCUUGUGAGUCGAUGCGAAAAACAACGUUCCAAUCUACUUUUCCAGCAGUCACGCCCGUCAUCGCAUGCAGAAGCAGAAAAAGGACGAGAAUACGAGUGCUUAG